GCCUGAGUGAGACCCGCGUUUGAAAGGAGAAAGGAUGGCGAACCAGCUGGUAGUCCUCAACGUCUACGAUAUGGAAGAUAGAAUGCCUCCAGUUUAAGAAGCAGGCUCUUCCUUCUACUACAGCACAGCCACCAUCUCAGCUUUGGCUUCUGGGGAGAUUGUAAUUGCACUACGUUAUGGAGUAAGGCUUCAAGCCAGAAACUAUUUAUUCUCUCCCACUUUGUGGCAACUCUUGCUGACACCCAAUUCAGUUGGGAAAUUCACAGUACUGGAUGAAUGAAUACACUUCCUCCCUUGGAAUUGGAGUAUUUCACUCAGGAAUUGAGAUAUAUGGUAGAGAAUUUGCUUAUGGUGGUCAUCCAUAUCCUUUUUCUGGAAUAUUUGAAAUUUUACCAGGCAAUGCAUCUGAAUUAGGGGAAACAUUUAAAUUCAAAGAAGCUGUUGUUCUUGGAAGUACUGACUUCAUGGAGGAAGAUGUAGAAAAGAUUAUAGAAGAACUUGGAAAAGAAUUUAAAGGAAAUGCUUAUCACUUAAUGCACAAAAACUGCAAUCACUUUUCUUCAGCUUUAUCAGAGAUUCUCUGUGGAAGAGAGAUUCCUCGUUGGGUGAAUCGUCUUGCCUAUUUCAGUUCCUGUAUUCCUUUUCUCCAGAGUUGUCUACCAAAAGAAUGGCUUACACCUGCUGCCCUUCAGUCUAGCGUAAGCCAAGAGCUUCAGGAAGUCCUAGAAGAAGCAGAAGAUGCUGCAACAUCAGCUUCUCUACCAAGUUCAGCAUCAGCGGCAAGAACUGGCCAUCAUACUAAAAUAUAGGUUUAGUCCAAAGUACUGUUAUUUUGGCAGCUUUGUCAAUAACUGACUUCCCUUAUACAAUAGUAAAUAGACAUUUUAUGGUGUCUUUGGUUUGCAAUUAGAGAACUAAUUCAAACCCAUGGUGUUCUGCUCAGGAUUUUAUAUGUAGUGAAAAAAGUGUCUUGAUGAAAUGAAAAGAACUUGAGAAGAACUCAAAUGCAAUCUUCAUUUUAAUCUAAUCAAAUGACUUGGACUAAUUGAGCAGAAGUUAAACUGUUUACAGUAUUGUGUGCUGCUGUUUACAAAUCCCCGAGGGAUAUCAGCCAUUAAAAGAAAAUGAAUAAAUUCAGUACAGCCUGCAUAACUUCAUCAACAUCAGUGGAAGUAAAGUAAUGGUCAGUGUUCCUUGCUACUGCCUUGGAAUAGAAUAGGUUAGACUAGAGUAUGCCUCUUCCAACUCUUGUUGGUAUACAUGGAACUAGUAAAUACUAUGUGUAAACAGGGUACAGAAUUAUCAAUACAAAGAAUUUUGCCUAAGAAAGAAAGGAAGUAGUCUUACUAUUUAGCAGAAAUGUUCCUAAAAUGUGACUUCUAUGUCAAUUUUUUUCAAUUUACAAUGAGCAAAUUUAUAUUUUAUUACAAAUACAAGUGCAUUCUUUUGUGUGAUAAAUUGCAGUCAUUUUAUUUCAAUUGCCUCAUUCUUUUAUCUGAUUUGUAGAUAUGAAAAAUCAUUCUGAGAUUUUCAGAUAAUAGUGCCUGUUUCACAUAUUUAAAAUAUGAACUUAUAAGAUCAAUGCAGAUAAAACAGAUAAAUUAGAUUCAUAUAAACUUGUGGAUGAGUUAAUUUAGAACAUGGUAAAUAAUAGGUCAUUUGGAAACUAAAAAUGUGGAUCAUCCAACAGAUGUAAAGUGUUGUUAAACAUAAUUCUAAUUCAGAAACUCCAAAAGAAGUGACAGUUGUAAUUGCCUUUCUCAGCAGCCAGAUUCAAACAAAGAAACCAAAUGCUUUAUCCAGCUCACUGUGUUUUUUGCUGAAUCAAUGAGUGUUUUAGAUGAAUAAGUUAUAGACAUUUUUGUGCCAUUAAAUAGCAAUAUGUACUGUGUGAACUACAAAAUAUCAAUUGCAAAAAUAUUAGAGGAAUAUCUUCUAUUUAACGUGUACUAUUGCUUACAUUAUUUCAUUGGGGUAGAGAUUAACAAUAGUACUGGCAUCUGAUUGAAAUUGAGUUGAUUUUUAUAUAUGCAGUUCUAAGACUCUUCCAAAUAUAUGGAAAAGAAUGACCUGGAAACUGUGUUUAAACCAAGGCUUUUCAAGGCUUGCAUUAGUGAAGAAUAUAAAUUCUUCAUUUUAUGCUCCUUUGUGGAUAUGUUUACUAUUGCAAACAAUACUCAGGUAUGUAACAUCAUCCUGCUGAAAAUUAAAAAAAAAAUCUAAAAUGGGUAUUAAAAAUAUUGCAUAUUUUAGCCAGUACUGUUAAUAAGCAAAUAAAUUGUCUUACUAGUCAUAGUUAUGAUUUAACCAGAGUAACUUUUACUGGUUAAUUACAUCCCAUGCUUUAUGUUUUUUAACCAAUCAUCUAAAUUGGGUUUCUGACAACACACUUUUAAAAUCAUAGUGUUCCUUUGUAAACUGACAAUGGGAUAAUUUGGUUUUUCAACUGAUAUGGAAAAGAGAUUUCCUACCUAUAGUAUGGAUCUCCAUCUAUUAAGGAAGUUGACAUGUUAACAAAGAAAACUCUGUUCCUAAUUAUUCAUACAUUGAUGGAUAGAAAUUUCUCCAUUCCUUUCAAGGAAGGACGAUGCACAUAUUUUUUGACAUUACUUACCAGUGCCAUGAAAUUUUACCCAUCCAGAGCUGCUGGAAUCUCCAUCAAAUUCUAUAAAAUAACUGGCUUUAUUAUUAAUUACAGAAUAAUUUGACAUUUUAUGUCUUUAUAGUCAUCCAGAACGACAGCAUGUAAGGAAUGCAAGGAAAUACAUGGCAGUUCUUUAAUAACAUGAUUGUUUAUUCUGAUUUUAUUGGACUUUUCUAUUAUACAUAUUGUGGCAUUUUAUAGUUGACUCUAUGUCCACAAAGAGCUGAACUCUGAAGCUACUACGAUAUCUUAGGGAAUGAUGGGAGUUCUAUAACUUAUCACGUGUGCUAUAUCAAUUCUAUACUUGAUUCCUUGAACAAAUCAACCUGCCAAAAUCUGUUUUCCUAACUAGCAACAGUUGAAGGUGUUUCACCAGCAUUACUACUCAGCAGGGAAUGCACUUCUCCAGUAGCCAUAGUGUGCAUUAAAGCUAAAAACCCUUUCUACCUAUAAUACUGGAUAUCUCAACCUUAAAAGAAAAACGGGUAGAAGAAAUACAUUUUGGGUUCUCUGAUCUGCCCAAUUUCUAUUUUGUUUCUUAUCAAAGAGAAUAGUGUAGUUAUUUGGUGUUUUGUCUUAUUAAAGCCAUUUUUAAGAUGUCAUUCAUACUUAAGAAGUCAAAAAUUAAUUGCUAACAAAUGUCAGACUACACUAGUAAACUGGAUGGUUCCAUUAUAAAAAUAUGGUGAGGUUCUUCUUGAAUACAUGCAAUACAACUCUGUUAACAACUGAUGUUCACUUUUCGGUGGUUUAAGAUAGUUUUCACCAACACAUUUUUGUAAACUAAAAAUAGGUUUACUGUAAUGCAUAGUAUUUGUAUGAAAUAGAAGAAGUUGACUUUUGUUACAUUGUUACGUCUAACUAUUAUAAACUUGAAUCCAUUAAUUUAUUAAAAAGAUGUUUUUAUAAAAA